UGGGGUGUGGGCGGGGAGCGGCGGAGGGAGGAGGCAGAGCUGGCCGCCGCAGUUUGCCGCCGCGGCUGGGCGCCUAGGCAGAGCUCCCCGGGGUUCGUGCGGACGCCAUGGACGAGCAGGCGGGUCCCGGCGUCUUCUUCAGCAACAACCACCCGGGUGCUGGCGGUGCUAAGGGGCUCGGGCCUCUGGCGGAGGCUGCAGCGGCCGGAGACGGGGCGGCUGCGGCGGGGGCGGCCCGAGCUCAGUACAGCCUCCCCGGGAUCUUGCACUUCCUGCAGCACGAAUGGGCCCGCUUCGAGGUGGAGAGAGCCCAGUGGGAGGUGGAGCGGGCGGAGCUGCAGGCCCAGAUUGCCUUCCUUCAGGGGGAGAGGAAAGGUCAAGAAAAUUUGAAGAAAGAUCUUGUGAGGAGGAUCAAAAUGUUGGAAUAUGCUCUGAAGCAGGAAAGAGCCAAAUACCACAAGUUGAAAUAUGGAACAGAACUGAAUCAGGGAGACAUGAAGCCUCCAAGCUAUGAUUCUGAUGAAGGCAAUGAAGCAGAGGCACAGCCACAGCAGAAUAGCCAGGUAAUGUGGAAACAAGGCCGGCAGCUGCUCAGACAGUAUCUCCAGGAGGUCGGCUACACAGACACUAUUCUAGACGUGAAAUCCAAAAGAGUGCGAGCAUUGUUGGGCUUUUCAAGUGACGUCACUGACAGGGAGGACGACAAGAACCAGGACUCGGUUAUAAAUGGCACAGAGGCUGAAGUUAAAGAGGCAGCAAUGAUUGGAAAAUCUGAGUUAACGGAUUCUGCCUCCGUGCUGGACAAUUUCAAAUUCCUUGAAAAUGCAGCUGCAGAUUUCAGUGAUGAAGAUGAGGACGAGGACAUUGAUGGAAGAGAGAAAAGUGUCAUUGAUACUUCAACAAUUGUACGGAAAAAAGCGUUGCCGGAUACCAGUGAAGAUCGCGACACAAAGGAAGCUCUGAAGGAGUUUGACUUCCUCGCUGCCUCAGAGGAAGGCGACAGUGAAUCCAGGAGUGCGGGCGACGGGACCGACUGGGAAAAGGAAGAUCAGUGUCUGGUGACUGAAGCCUGGAAUGUGGACCAGGGAGUAAUUACCAAACUGAAGGAGCAGUACAAAAAGGAGAGAAAGGGGAAGAAGGGGGUGAAGAGAAAAACUACCGAAGAUCUGUUUCAGCCUCUAUCCUAUAUAAAACAGUCAAAACAGGGAUGUGGGAGAAUGAAGAACCAAAGCCCAGGGCCCAAUAGGUCAAAACUACAGGACAUGCUUGCUAAUUUGAGAGAUGUUGAUGAGCUUCCCUCACUGCAGCCAUCUGUUGGCUCCCCUUCCAGACCCAGCAGCUCCAGGCUUCCUGAGCAGGAGAUCAGUAGGGCAGAUGAAGUGGAAGCGCUGACGUUUCCUCCUUCUUCCGGGAAGUCCUUUAUCAUGGGAGCAGAUGAAGCCCUCGAAAGUGAACUGGGGCUUGGAGAAUUAGCAGGCCUCACAGUGGCCAAUGAGGCAGACUCGCUGGCCUACGAUAUAGCAAAUAAUAAAGAUGCCUUGAGGAAGACGUGGAACCCUAAGUUCACGUUACGAAGUCACUUCGAUGGCAUCCGAGCCCUUGCUUUCCACCCCAUCGAGCCCGUUUUGAUCACAGCGUCAGAGGACCAUACACUGAAAAUGUGGAAUCUGCAGAAAACAGCCCCAGCCAAAAAGAGUACUUCUCUUGACGUGGAGCCUAUCUAUACGUUCAGGGCUCAUAAAGGUCCAGUGCUGUGUGUAGUCAUGAGCAGCAAUGGUGAGCAGUGUUACAGCGGUGGUACGGACGGACUGAUUCAGGGCUGGAACACCACCAAUCCCAACAUCGACCCCUAUGACUCUUACGAUCCUUCUGUUCUGAGAGGCCCUCUGCUGGGCCACACAGAUGCAGUGUGGGGGCUGGCCUACAGUGCCGCACACCAGCGGUUGUUGUCCUGCUCAGCAGAUGGCACUCUCCGUUUAUGGAAUACAACUGAGGUUGCUCCGGCACUGAGUGUGUUCAAUGAUAACCAAGAACUGGGAAUCCCUGCCUCUGUGGACCUAGUGAGCAGUGACCCAAGCCAUAUGGUAGCAUCAUUCAGCAAAGGAUAUACGAGCAUCUUUAAUAUGGAAACACAACAGCGAAUUCUCACUUUAGAAUCCAAUCUAGAUUCAACAGCCAAUUCUUCCUGCCAAAUCAACAGAGUCAUCAGCCAUCCGACUCUUCCGAUCAGCAUCACUGCUCACGAAGACAGGCACAUCAAGUUCUAUGACAACAACACAGGCAAACUGAUCCACUCGAUGGUCGCCCACCUAGAAGCUGUUACAAGUUUAGCAGUUGAUCCAAAUGGCCUGUACUUGAUGUCUGGCAGUCAUGACUGUUCAAUACGCUUAUGGAAUUUAGAAAGUAAGACAUGUAUCCAAGAGUUCACAGCUCAUCGGAAAAAAUUUGAAGAAUCAAUCCAUGAUGUAGCAUUCCACCCUUCCAAAUGCUAUAUAGCCAGUGCUGGAGCCGAUGCACUGGCUAAGGUCUUUGUAUGAUGUGACGCAUCAGCUUCACCUUCUAGCUCUUUAUUAAAAGUCAACUGCACAACAGAGAUACAGAAGACCAGGGCAAGAAUCAGCUCACCCUGCCCUUUUGUUCUGCUGAAGGAGCACAGAGAACAUUUGUUAAAGUAUAGUUUUGCAGUCUGUGUACUGUUUUCUAAAAUUAAGGUUUGUUCAGGUUGCUGCAAGCUCAGCUGAAUCUGUGAGCCUGAAAACUUUCAAAUUUCCCCCUAAAGAGGCACUUUUAUUUCUGAAGUUGUUCUCAUUCGCUAGGCAGGCCUGAGCGAAACAGGUUUAGCGUCUCCCUUCCUGAUAAACAGGGCAUGCUGUAAUGGAUCAUUAGAGUUGGAUGACUGGGAAUGAGUGGAGGGAACUUAGAUACACUCUACCCUGAGACAUCUGCUAAACAUAUUAGGUAGUCAAACUAGCCUGUAUCUGCUCUGCUAACCUGUGACGUAGAACGACCAGACAGUGUUCAAAUGAGUUCCGAACAGAGCUCUCCUUUCAGCUGUUCUCAUGAAGCACGGCAGAGCAUUUCACCUAGCAGCAGGAAAAGAUGCAAUACUAUGUUAAGUAUAUUACUCAGAAAUGCUAAACCAAUGCUUAGUUUGCAAGCAGAUCUCUAUAUUGUAUUACAACUUUGAAAGUAGAUGUGGUACCAUUCUAAAGUUUAGCUGUCACACACCCAUUAUGAACAUUAGUUAACAGAGCCUGCUUUUACUAAAGGUUUUUAACUUC